AUGGGGAUACGAGGUCUAGCGAAGCUCAUUGAGGAGGUCGCCCCUGCAGCUGUCAGCAAGCGGCUGAUACAACAUUAUUGCAACAAGGUCAUAGCAAUAGAUGCCUCUGUUAUGCUCUAUCAGUUUAUCACUACAAUAACCUCUGGAGACGGCACGGCCUUAGCUAACUCUUCAGGAGAGGUAACAAGCCACCUAGUGGGACUUCUUGCCAAGGUAAUAAGGCUGGCUGAAGCAGGAAUAAAGCCCAUAUUCGUGUUUGACGGGAAACCUCCAGAGGACAAGCAAGGAGAACUAGAGAAGCGGAGGCAGGCACGCGAAGCAGCAGAACUAGAGCAACAAAAAGCAGAGGAGGAAGGAAACCUUGAGAGGGCAAAGCAGCUUAGUCGACGAACAGUGAAGGUCACGCAGCAACAUUGUAAGCAGGCAGAAAGGCUGCUCGAUACCCUGGGAAUUCCUUAUGUUGUAGCUGCUGGAGAAGCAGAAGCACAGUGUGUGGCCAUGGCAAAGGAGAGAGUGUGCGAGGGCGUUGCGUCUUCGGACCUGGAUGUUCUGGCAUUUGGUUCCCCUUGCUUGAUAAGAAAUCUUGCUCAGGGGGGAGACAGGGAGAUCGUAGAGAUUAAUCUAAACACUGUUCUUAAAGAACUGGGCUUUAGCUAUGACGAGUUCCUAGACCUCUGCAUUUUAUGUGGAUGUGACUAUGCCAAUUCUCUUGAGGGGAUAGGGCCUAAAACUGCGUACAAGCUGAUUGUGAAACACAGGAGCAUCGAAGAGGUGCUUGCAGCCGACCAGGGAAAGCUUGCUGAGAAAGCUUUGAACUGGCCGUACGUUCGAGCAAGAGAGCUAUUCAAAAACCCAGCGGUAAUAGAUCCGAAGGAGAUAAAGAAAACUCUCAAGUGGAAGCCCGUGAAUAGGGGUGAGGCUAUGCAGUUUCUCGUUGAAGAAAUGGAGUUUGACCGCGAAACCACGGAGAAGAAACUCGAUAAAUUGGUGGCAGCCAGAAAAAAGCCAAAGCAGUGUACCAUCGACAGCUUCUUUAGUCCACGCUCAUCUAAUCCUGAAGUAACCAAGACAAAAGUAAAGCAGUAG